AUGAGUUCCACCAAUGAAGAUCUAUCUAAAAAUGAAAUGCCAGUAAUGAACAAUAUCCAAAUACCAGACUUAGGACCAGAGACUACAGAUUCAACCACUCAAAUAAACAAUUUUUUGGAAUCAGGGGAAGGAUUCAAUCUGGUUUCAUCGUCUGGAGACAAUGAAUCUAGCACAGUCGUUGAGAACAAUGAUUCUAGUUCCAAGCCAAAAUCCAAGAUAAAACGAAAAUCACCAAGAUUAGGGGUGAGAAGUAAUAAUGGGUCGAAGAAUUCAAUGAUGCUAGAGAGUAGUCCUGUGAUUGUUGAGGCUAAGGGAACCGAAGAACCAUCCGAUAGUGGACCUCAUGGCAUAGUACAGAGAGGAGGAGAAAAAGUUUUCAUAGAACCGAAAUUGGCAGAACCACAUCCAGCGUAUACUGGAUUACCGUUAGAGUCGUUUCCUAAUGCUAAGAUAAAAAAAGAAUCGUUAUGGUCAACUAGGGGCUUAUCAAGGAAAUCUAAUAGAGUGAACGGCACUAAUAAUAAUAGUAGUAGUGGUGUUUCAAGAGAAUCUUCGGCACCAGUACAAGCAAACGAAACAGAAAAUGAUAAUGAGUCUAUUGAACUGGAUUACAAAGCAAGCCUCCAAACAAACAAAUCCGAAGAAAUAGCCAAAGAGAGUGAUAUAAGGCCGCCACCAAAACGAGGAAGACCAAGUAAGAAAAGGGGUAGACCAAAGGCAGAUGCUACUAAAAAUUUAGCAAGAACACCAAAGCAAGCAAAGGCUAAGAAUGAAGAGCCUCUGUCAUUGAGGUCAUCGAAAAGGAUCAAAGUCAUUUCCCCCAAAAAGACGGCAAGUACUAAUCUUGCCCCUUCUUCAGUCACAGAUAGUGGUGUCAAUACAUACUCAAACGAUGAUCCCACCAAAAAUAAUGAUGAUUUCUGUACAACUUGUGGUGGACCAGGGGUAUUUAUUUGUUGUGAAACUUGUCCAAAGUCAUUUCAUUUUACAUGCUGUAAUCCUCCACUUGAAGAAUGCCCCGAAGAUAAUUGGCAUUGUCAAGAAUGUGUCCUAAAGCAAGACCCAGGAUCCAAGAAGACAUAUAAUCAUAUGGGAAUAUUCGGUCAGUUGCUAAAUCAACUGGAAGGUAGAAAUCCAAAAGAAUUUCAAUUGCCUAAGAAAAUACGAGAUAGUUCGUUUAUCGGCGUAACUACAGGAGAAAAUGGGGUUUAUCAGGAUUCAACAUUUAAGCCAGAAAUAUCUUAUACUAAGAUGAACGAAUAUCAAAUUAUCGGGUUCAAUAAGAAUAAUGAUCUUGAUGUUGAUGGUUUGUACGAUAAAAAUGGAAAUCCAUAUUUAUGUCACAAAUGUGGAUUAUCAGGGUUGAAAGGAAAAACGCUAACCCAUUGCGAUUAUUGUCCAUUAGUUUGGCAUAUAGAUUGUCUCGAAGACCCAUUGUGUAUCCCUAAGACUUUGGGUAGUAGAUGGAGAUGUCCAAAUCACUUCGAAGAAUUAUUGCCUGAAGGACUCUUUAGUAGAAGAAAAUUCAAAGAUAUGUCAGUGCUUGAUAUAUCAUUGCAUAGUCACUUUUUGAAAAUUGCUUCGAUGAAUAAUAUUAUUAUUAAGCACAAUGAUCAACAAUUUUUGAAAGAAGAUAUUGACAAAAGUGUCCCGUUACAUGAAUACAUACAAUACGAGACAGAGGAUUUUUCCAGAUCAUACAUCACUGAAAUGGAAAAGGAUGAACCAAAGGAAGUUAAUAGUAACACCAAUAAUAGCGAUGACAUACAUCCAAAUUUCAAAAUCCCUGAAUUUUUUCAAAAUUAUUCAACACCACUAGGAAGCACAGCUAGGGCUUCAAAACGAUUAAAUAGAAUAAUGACUAUGACUAGUGCGGAUGACGAUGGAAGCGAAGCUCGUGCAUUUAUUUACAGGGUUCCAGAAAAGCUGAUAUUGCUUGAUUUUGUCUCUAAAGCGUCAAAAAAUAAUGAGACUAAUGUCCUAGAGACCAAGAAAGUCUCGACAGAUAAGAGAACCAUACUUGAGACUAUUGAUGAUUAUGAGACAAGAGGUAGAUUAGAAGGAUCCAACCAAGAGGAAAGGGAUACAGUUGACAGCUUAAUCCUGAUAAAAUCGGAAAAAGACCAUAAGAAACCAGGAUCGAAGUUUAGUGAUCUAGUCGCAGCCGCUCUAGAAUCCGACCAGUUCUCAAAGAAUAACGAAACACCAACGAAGCUUAACGAUGAAGAGAUAUCCGACUUACUAGAUAUCAAGAGACUCGUGGAAUUGAAAGGAAAAGAAGAAUUAUUAAAAUUUCUACAGUCAUAA